AUGUCAGAGAAGGGCUCUGCGUCUGACAUGAAGAAUGCAAUGGAGGGAGACGCAAAAAAAGCCUGUCAGGAUCAUGAGUCGAAGAUGUCAGAUGACCACAGAGACACAGAUGAUUCAUCGGAGAAAACUCCCAGUAGAGUGUCAAAAUCCCCCCAGAAAUCCUCCAAAAGGCCGAAGACUGUCCCAGUCAGAGUGACUCUGUUGGAUGGCUCUGAUUACGAGACUGGUCUUGAGAAACUCGCCCGAGGGCAGGUUCUAUUUGAUAUGGUGUGUGACCAUCUGAACCUGCUGGAGAAAGACUACUUUGGGCUGGCCUUCUAUGACACAGACAACCAAAAGAACUGGCUGGAUCCAUCAAAGGAGAUCAAGAAACAGAUCCGAGCAGGUUCUUGGCAGUUUUCGUUUGCUGUCAAGUUUUACCCUCCUGAACCUUCUCAGCUCAUAGAGGACAUCACUCGGUAUUACCUGUGUCUGCAGCUGAGGGAUGACAUGCUGUCUGGUCGGCUGCCGUGUUCCUUCGUCACACAUGCACUGCUGGGUUCUUACACCGUUCAGGCCGAAUUGGGAGACUAUGACCCUGAUGAACAUGGACACGACUAUGUCAGCGACUUCCGCUUCGCCCCCAACCAGACGCGAGAGCUGGAGGAGAGGGUGAUGGAGCUCCACCGCACAUACAGGGGGAUGAGUCCAGCAGAGGCAGAAAUCAGCUUUCUGGAAAAUGCCAAGAAGCUCUCAAUGUAUGGCGUAGACCUCCAUCAUGCUAAGGACUCUGAGGGCAUUGACAUUAUGCUGGGAGUAUGUGCCAGUGGGUUGCUGAUCUACAGAGACCGCUUACGCAUCAACCGAUUUGCCUGGCCCAAAAUCCUCAAAAUCUCCUACAAGAGAAGCAACUUCUACAUCAAGAUCCGACCAGGAGAGGUAGAGAAAAAGUAUGAGCAGUUUGAGAGCACCAUUGGCUUUAAGCUGCCCAAUCACCGCGCCUCCAAACGCUUAUGGAAGGUCUGCAUAGAGCACCACACCUUUUUCAGGUUGGUUUCUCCUGAGCCCCCUCCAAAAGGUUUCCUGGUUAUCGGCUCUAAGUUCCGUUACAGUGGACGGACUCAGGCUCAGACUCGACAGGCCAGUGCUUUGAUUGACAGGCCUGCGCCCCAGUUUGAGCGAUCCAUUAGCCGAAGGUACCUACUGUCCCGCAGCCUGGAUGGAGCCUCAGCUCUUGGUGAGACAGUAGAUCAGCUGUCUCAGCAGAGUACCACUGAGCCCAUCGCCAGUCUUCCCAGGGAUGAACAAGACCAGGACUACUUAGAACCCAGCCUAGACCAGGAUGUGGAUCAAGACUUUGGCCAUGACAGAGAACAAGACCAGAAACCAGACAGCGUCACUACACCUACAAGGACAGUGGAGCUGAAGAGGGAAGAGGCAGGUUCUCCUGUAGACACUAAGACAGAGUCGGACCUGGAAGUGACCCCACGUCCUAAACAGGAGCAAUUCUUGGAUAAACCAGAGGAUGUUCUGCAAAAACACCAGGCCAGCAUCAAUGAGCUGAAGAGAGCGUUGAGGGAGCCCAACAGUAAACUGGUCCACAGGGAGAAACGCCUGUCUGGAGCCUCCCCGGGCAGCACCCCAGAGAAGAAGGCUGCCUCUGUGGAUUCCAUAUUGAUUGAGGAGCAAGAUGGUUGUCAAAGAGACUUGACCCUCAGUUCAAAAGAGGACAGGAGCAGGAUACCGCCUAAAAUAGCUCCAUUAGCUGCUGACCCCCUAAGGGAAGGAGAAGACAACAGCACAAACAGAGAUUUUAUGAAACCCACAUGUGAUGAAGUGUCAGACACAUUUGGAGCACAGACAUCCGAUUCUAAUACUACCCCUUUGUCAGUGGAGUCAGAAAAGAACAGAGCUAAACACUUCAUUUUAAAAGACAAGCAUUACCCGGAUGCAGAUGGCCAGGAGAAGAAAACAUAUGAUAAUGAACCUCACUGUGGCAGGUUUCUGCCAGAGAAUGGCAUUCAUGCAAAUGGCUAUGAUGCACAUCCAGCAGAAAUAUGCUUGAAUUCAAGGAUAUUCCAUUCAAAUGAGGAAAGUGAAAGUCCAGAUUUACCAAGCUACAUGAACAGAGGUUGGCAUGAGCCUUCCCCCAGUGCAGUCAUAGUCAAACAUAUGAGAGACUGCGAAGGAGCACAGAGACAGAUCACUGAAACAGAACAGGGAAAUUUUGGCAUUAAGAACCAUUCUGAUUUGGUGACUUGUACUGACAACAGCAAGACAAAAGAUUUAAAGACUGAAGCACGUGAAUCCACAAAACAUGAGAGCACUCAUUCAGGAGUGAAACGAGUUGUUCCUCUGAAACCAGAAAGAUCAAAGAAAUAUAAAGGAAACAAAGGGAUUCCUCAACAAGUACAAAACCAGAAUGAGAGAAACUUCACUGCUGAGGUGGAUGGUAAUGACUUGACAAAGUCAAAAGAAAGUCCAUCUGGCUGCAAACACAGUUUGGAUGAUGCCUCCUUUUCACACCCAAGCAAUCCUUUGGCUGCUGAUAGCAGCACAGCAGAUGUCAACCCAGGACUAACGACUAAUGGUCAGCUUGCAGAAGCCAGAGGAGCUUGCCAAAAGCAAAAGCCAGACAGGCAGAAACUGAAGGAUUCAAGUGACCUUACUAGGCAUAGAUUUAGCUAUGAAUAUGGACAAGCCCUUUACGAGGAUCCAACCCCACUGUCUACCUACUCUUCAACUUCAAUAGCCCCCCUGAUGUUUGACCAAACUACUCCUUUAAACAUUCCUGUCAAAUCUCAAAGAACCAGAGAUGGUGGCAUUAUAAUACGGAACAGAUCAAUCAGUACCACUGACCCCUGCUACAGUCUUCUCAAGAACUGCAGCCUGGACACAGCCAAGAGGAAACCAGUGGAGCCCGUCUCCACCCCAGCUAUUCAUGCGGAGCCACUGGAGGAAACCCAGAGGGAGCCAUGGGAAAGACACCUGGGGUCAGUGUCAGAAGAUGAUCUAGAUCAUGAGACCCCCUACCCUAAAGAGACACACCUGGGCAUUGAGCGCAAGUGCUCCAGCAUCACUGUGAGCUCCACAUCAAGCUUGGAGGCUGAAGUGGACUUUACUGUCCUUAUGGAUCUCCAAACAGGGAUGGAGGAAUUCUCCAAAGGCAUGUCUGAACUGGGUGAAAAAGACAUCUCUCCUGGUCUGAGUCUCUCAGAACAGAUGGAACCAGCCCGCCAUUCUCCCCCUGCAUUCAUUUUAGGUGCAGACCCUAUUGCACCUGUGGAGGAACCACCACCAGUAGAAGUUCGGAAGCCUGAGCCAUUUGUGCCCAAGAAAGCCCCACGAUCAGUGUUGGCAGCCCAGGCCAUGAAAAGAGAAGCUGCUGAGUUGGCCAGCUCUCAGCUGACAUGGAAAGAGGGCACUCAGGUGACCUCCAUUCAGCCAAUCAGCAGAGAGAGCAGUGACAUCAUAGCCUCUCAAACCUUGAGAAAGACAGAAGUCAAGACAGAAACCCAACCCAAUGGGUCAGAAGUCACUACAACUAUCAUGGAGAUCACAGACCAGGACCAUGGUGUGAGCGGUGUAAGAGAAGCUCGUUAUUCGAUGAUAGAGACUGCAUCUCCAGUGAACGUUGGACCUUUAGGAAGGGAAGGUUCAGGAUCUCCGCUGAUUGUUACAGAGAAUGUCACAUCGGCUACAACAACACAUGUUACAAAGACAGUGAAAGGGGGUUACUCAGAGACCAGAAUUGAGAAGAGGAUCAUCAUUACAGGAGAUGAUGAUGUCGACCAGGACCAGGCACUCGCCAUGGCAAUAAAAGAAGCCAAGCAACAGCAUCCAGACAUGCUAGUGACCAAGGCUGUGGUUGUCAGGGAAACAGAAUCUUCCACUCAAGACUCACAUGGAGACUCUGAGUCCUGA